CAGGUCGGUUGUGCAAUUCGAAGGGAAAUAAAGCAAGUGCUCAUAGUAUAAAUUGCUCAUUGGUAGUGAAAUUGAAAAGCUUGGAGAUUGAUUCCAACACGAUGGCUGGACCGUUUCUGUCGCCACUGCCGGGUGACUUGCUAACGGAAUACAUGUUCGGUCGCAGACGUCAACGAAGGAAUAGAACUACUUUCACGCCACAGCAACUGCAAGAGCUGGAGACUCUGUUCCAGAAGACGCACUAUCCGGAUGUAUUUCUUCGAGAGGAGGUUGCCCUCAGGAUUAGCCUCAGUGAAGCACGGGUGCAGGUUUGGUUCCAAAACCGCCGUGCAAAGUGGAGAAAGCAAGCUAGACUACAGCUAUUGCAGGACGCAUGGCGAAUGCGCUGCUUGGGCAUCAGUUCCCCACAAUUAAUAGUUGAUCCGCAAAAUCCUGCAUCAGCCAACAACAAUAACCCUCCCGGCAAGAAAGUCGAUGGUUCGGGAUCUCCUCCCAAGGAACCGGAGUUUACCUUGAUGCAUCCGGCGUUUCAAGGUCCGAACGGAACAUCCAACAGCUCGAUUGACACCACAGCCAAACGAAGCGAUUCUAGUCAUCCACUGUACCCAUCUAGUCAAACCAUUCCAGCGGGAAUACAAAGUUCCCCUCCAACUCGCGACGAUCGCCAGAUGUACUCUCUGGGCCAUGCUGCCGCUGGUGUUUCGAAUCACCCCGAAGACUCCAACAGCAGCGAUCUAUCGGACGGAUCGGAAGAGAUUGAUCUCACUACCAACGGUGGCUGUAUUGACUAUUCCAAUAGCGGAGCAAAUAGAAACUAAAUUUAAUUCAUACUGUACAUAGAUUUUCUGGAAGCCAAAGCACUCAUGUGAACUCAAACUAGUCAUAGUCUUGGAGACAUUCUAUUUAAACAGAUUUAAAUACAAGCUCUCGUU